UAAAAGAAAGGCAGAUCAGUUAGCAUAUGGGUUUGUACCUAACCUAAAAAUUUGGGCAACAAGAGUCCCAGUUCCCGCUUGACGGGUAAAACAAGAGAAGCUGGCAACUUGGAUCACAGAGAAAUUAAAUACAGAAUCAAUGUUUCUGUGCUUGGGCGUUUGCAGAAAUAUAACGUCGAUGGGAGACUAGAGUGGCAGACUGCAGUGAAUGAGUCAAAAGCAAAGCAAAACCAACUGUUCCUACAUCAUCCACCGUUUUCUCAUGCUUGUUCAAUUUUAUGGAUCUGUGAGUGAGCCUCGAGGCGAUAUAAAUACAGAAAUUGUUGCAGAGAAAUAAGAAGCUAUGGGUAGCAGAGACGGCCAGGCAGUGAGUCCAGGAUCGAGGAUGUUCCACGCUCCUGGCUUCGACUGUUAUGUAAUUGCAGUCAUGGGGGUGAAGAAAAGAAUCCAUCUUCAACUCAUCAAACAAGGAUUAUCCAAUACUCUGCUCAACCAUCCCAGGUUCUGCAGUAAUAUGGUAUCAUGUGUUGGCGUCCUGUUUUGUUUGGGACAGGUAAAGGAGGGUAGGAAAUGGAGAUGGAAUCCAACUACAGUGAACUUAGAGGACCACGUCAUAGUUCCCGAAAUAGAUUCCUACCUUGAGUUUGCUGAUCCGGACCGAUUCCUCGAAGACUACGUUUCUAACGUUACAAAAACUCCAUUAGACAUGUCGAAGCCUCUGUGGGAAAUGCACUUCCUCAACCUGAAAACCUCCGAAGCAGAGGCUGUCUGCGUCAUGCGAGUCCACCAUUCCUUGGGAGAUGGUGCCUCUCUCAUGUCGCUUCUUCUUGCCGCGUCUCGCAAAGCCUCCGACUCACUUGCCCUGCCAACUGUGCCUGUCCUUAAGAAAGCCACCUUGGACCGCCCUCCUUCCGGCUGGUGCUUAUGGCGCUUCUUGCUGGUCUUAUGGGGUAUUGUGACGUUGCUUUGGAACACUCUGGUCGACUUGGCGAUGUUUGCUUUGACCGUCUUGUUCCUCAGAGAUUCAGAUACCCCUCUGAAAGGUGCUCCUGGGAUGGAGCUCAAAACGAUGCGUUUCGUCCACCGGCACCUCAGUAUGGAUGACGUCAAGCUCGUCAAGACUGCUAUGAAAAUGACCAUCAAUGACGUUUUAUUGGGAGUAACACUAGCUGGUUUGACUCGUUACUUGAAUCGAGCAUACGGGUUCCGAAUUAAAGGGUUAAAACUGAAUGUGUAUAUACGCCAAAAUGACGGAACAGGAGCUGAGGAAACAGGUGGAAAGCAAAGGCCAAACCAUAAUCAUAACCUCAACAACAUUCGGCUCAGGGCGACAAUUAUGGUCAACGUUCGACCAAGUGCAGGAAUCCAGGAGCUGGCAGAUAUGAUGGGAGAGAGAUCAAAGGCGAGAUGGGGAUGGGGUAAUUGUUUAGGGUUCGUUGUUGUGCCUUUUGUCAUUGCUUCUCAAGAUGAUCCUUUGCAAUAUCUUCGUCAAGCCAAAGCCAUCAUCGAUCGCAAGAAGCACUCUCUGGAAUCUAUCUGCACUUUUUACUGUUCUAAAUUGGUACUCAAAUUUCUCGGAAUCAAGGUGGCUUCAGCUAUAACAAGGAGAGUUUUCUUAAACACAACCAUGGCCUUCUCUAACGUGGUUGGUCCCCUGGAAGAAAUAAGCUCCUUUGGGCAUCCUUUGGCCUACAUUGCUCCCUCUACAUACGGAUACCCUCAUGCACUAACCAUCCAUUUCCAAAGCUAUCAUGAGAAGAUGACUCUUUCUAUGGCAGUGGAUCCGAGUGCUAUUCGUGAUCCUCAUCUUCUUUGCGAUGACUUCCAACUAUCCCUUGGACUCAUCCGGGACGCUGUGAAUAAAAAUCUCGUCCCAGCUGCUGUCUAGGACCGCAUAUAAAUUCUCUAUAACUGUGAUGUUUACAUUUGUGAUUUUAUUAUUAUUAUUAUUGAUUCUAUUAUUUAACCUUAUUAAAAGUCGUGUUUUCAUCACGAAUAGGACCAAGCGACUGGGGAGUUUUCUUUUGGAUCAUUUCGAUGAUUUCUCCUCAAAGCUUAGGCUCAGUCAGUAUCUUCCUAUCAUAUUUGUCUUCUUUCCUGUAAUUAAAAAAAAAAAAACAGAUUUUCAAGAAAAA